AUGCCGAUGCCUCCCAUGAACGCGAUGCCUAUGCCCCCGGCGCCGGCCUUCGGGAUGGGCAUGGGCGCCGGGGCGAACAUGCCUCUAGGGGACGACUUCGUCGACUACGGGCCUGCACUGGACCAGGAAUUCGCACUGGGGAUGGGAUGGGACACGGAUCCCAACUUCCGCCUGGAAGAGUUCGCCACGGCAAGAGACGCUGGAGGCGACGGGGAUGCGACGUGCAAUGAAUGCUGCUACUCCUUCUUUGACGCCCUAUGCGGGGUGCCAAAGGGGUCUCGAGACUUGAGAAGGGAGACUGCCGGCGACGGGGAGGUCGUUCUCGAGGACAAUGAGAUGGCGGCGGUGUGA